AGUUUUGUUGCAAAUUCGCUCGUCCCCGUUGCUCAAUUCAUUUGAUCUUCGUUAUUAAAUUGAAACUAAAAUAAAAGUUUAAUACUUUUCCCUCUAUUAUUUUUUUCUUUAAUUUCAGUCUCUUUAUUGUUUUUAAUUAACCUAAUAGCUGUAAUUCGUUAUUGAUGAAUUACAAUUUUAAAACUAUUAAGUAAUUCUAACUUUUCGCAACAGAUUACAGGCGAAACGCGUCAAUAGGCAAGAGAUAUAAUGGUCAAACUGCCUGAAAAUGUUAAUUCGUUAUUGCUUUCUGCUGGAAAGACGGUGAAGACGAGUUCUGGUUCAGCGGUAAAUAUUAUUAUUUGUCUUUUUACUGUUGGGUCGGAGCAAUUGUUUUCCUUCGCUGUGUUCAAUUGUCCGUGUACGAGGAAUUCCACGAGUGCGACUCUUAUACCAGGGGUGAGCGAGAAUGCGAUAUAUGGUGGAGUAUAUAUCAUUGUACCAGCAAUUGCUUUGUUCAUUCUCGGAAUUGCAAUGAACCAGAAAACUUGGAAAUUAAUGACAGGAUGUGCACGGCGCCAUCAAGCAGCAGCAAGAGGUUACAAAGCUGGAUGUGCAACUUUGAUGGAAAUAUUAAUGCAGGCAAUGGUUGCCCCAUGUGCAUGGAUUGCAAUCGCAAUGCUUGAUGGAAAAUAUUACGCAUGUGCAACUACAGUUCAACCGUUUGACAUGACAUGCAGAGCGGUCACUAGAACACCAGCAAACAAAAUUCGUUACACUGUGACUUAUGAAAGAAACAAAAGAAAAUCACAAACUCUUGGCUGGAUAUUCAUUGCACUUGCCUUAUUCAUUGGAUCUAUUGUGUACAUGGCUAACAGGUGGUUUUCACGUUUGACAUACUUACAUCGCAACUACAUGUUAUGGUACCACGACAUUGAAGAUCAAAAAUUUGAGUUAAUUGCAAAAGAACAGAUUGAAGAAGAGGCUGAAAAAAAUAUUCGAAAUUUUCUGGCAGACAAACGACCAAAACUUAACUGGGAUAAAAUUUCAACCGUAUUUGAUCUUGUCAGAGAUAGGAAAGGCUAUGCAAUUUACAGUCGAUUGGAUGAAUGGAAUGAGUGCCAUCCAAUAAAUGUAGAAGAUAAUAUUUCUGAUAAAACAACCAACGGAUCAAAAGACAAACACUCGAGCGUAGCAGAUGAUGCUGGAUUUGGUUCGUCAAGUGAAAUGAAAAACAACAGUGAGGUUGUGACCUCAAACUCGCUUAUUGAACCCCGAGAAAUAGAAAUGAACACGUUAAGCACUGGAGACACACAUAAAGGGUAUUCCCCCUCUGCACAACAUGAUAUUGUAAGCAAACCUUUAUUAGAAUUUGAUGGAGCGAUGAGAGAAGAUCAAUGUUGAUAUGAAUCAUGAUUCCGCAACUUCUACACAACAUAUCGGCAACACAUCAAAUUAAAUGCGGAUAUUAUUUCUUGAUCAAGCUUGAAAAGGCAAACUUUUUGGUUCACAGACAAACGGGGAAAAUAGAAGUCGGAUAUAUGCAAUAAUACCUAAUCACAUCGAACUUGUCAAAAUAAAAUAAUUACUGCCUGGACUUGGCUUACAGGUUGUAGUUUGCCAACGCUGAUCUAGCUUUGUAGCCAGGAAAAAAUGCAAACGGAAAACCUGGCGAAGUAACACCUGUAUAAAUUGCGUCCUUACGCAUCGCUUCUUUAUGAUUGUUUGCAAAAAAGCUUGCAUGCAAGAGAAAUACAUUUUAACACAACCUAAAUUUAAAAUUAGUUUAUUUCUUUAGUAAAGCAAAUUUUAUAUUAUUUAUUAAUUUUAAGCAUCUUACACACUGUUGAUCUUAGUUAAACCGUAGCAAUGUAAAUUGUGUUUUACAACUAUAUUAAUAAUAACAAUAAUAAUAAUAAUAAUAAAGAAAUAUAAUAACUAUAAAUAUAAAGGAAAUAUUUUGGACAAUUGCUUUUUCUGAUCAUGUACUAAAACAAACGCAAUGUUUAACUGCAUGACCGUCUAAAUAUUUUUCACCAUGACAUUCUAACUUUAUGUGUUGCCACUUUAUUUAAUUUUGUGAUUUAUAAUUUUGCGUUUCGGCGUUUGGUGUAAGCGCAAUAUUACUCUCCUACCAUGCAUGUAAUAGCGGGUGGAAUUUCCAGAAACAGACACAGUGGUAAAAGGCUAAAAGCAAUGCAACCUUGCAUCUUGAUUACAUAAAAGCAACUAAAUUUAACAGCCAUGAACAUAUAAAAAUGCAUUCAACCCGAACUGAAGUUAUGUAAUCUAGAUUAUAAAAUACAUUAUUCAAAAUAGAAUAUAUCAAAAACAAAAUUCUGUGGAUGAUACCAUGGUUUGGUUUGUCGGUAUUCCUAUUAAUUCUAUACUGUUAAAUUAAACCCGCAUUCUUCUAUAAAGUUAUUCAACAUACCUGACUACAGGCGACAAACUAAAAGUAGUGGCAAAUAUAAACACAACACAAACUUAAUCACUUUAAGUUAAACCAACUUUCUAAAAUCUGCAAUUUCUAGUAAUUGAACUGAUACAAAUCUGUUUCCGUAAAUCCUGAAUAUUCUGAUAACCUCAAAUAAAAAAAAAAUUCC